UCUUUCUCUCUCGUUGCCGCCAUCGAAGGGAAGCCAUUAGCUCCUCCGGUAACAAUGGACGUCCGUCGGAGGCUCCCUUCGAAGCCCACAGCCUCCGACCGCAUCCCGGCGCCCUCUCCUGUGCGCAUUCAGGCCUCCGAUGCCCUCCCUCUACCCAUUCGCCAUACCAACAAAAUCUUCUCCGCUCUCUUCAUGGCGGCUCUCUACUUCCUCAUGUGCCGAUGGCGUGAGAAGGUUCGCACUUCUACCCCUCUCCACCUCCUCACCCUCUCCGAGAUCUUUGCCUUCGUUUCCCUCGUAGCUUCCCUCAUCUACCUCAUCUCCUUCUUCGGCAUCACCUACGUCCAGUCCUCUAUUCCUUCCAAUGAGGACGAAAUCGACGAAGGUGUCGUCGUUGAUGACCGUCACUUCCCUCCCACCUCCAGCGCCCAAUCGGCCAACCCACCCCCUCCGCCCUGUCCCCUACUCGUUGACAACUCCGACGCCAAGAUCCCAUCUUUCUAUCCUGAUGAUAACGAUGAGGAGAUCGUAAGCUCCGUAGUCUCCGGAAAGACUCCGUCGUAUAUCCUCGAAUCGAAACUCGGGGAUUGCCAAAGGGCCGCCGGGGUGAGGCGCGAGGCGCUCAGAAGAAUCACUGGCAGUGCGAUGCAGGGCCUCCCUCUCCACGGGUUUGAUUACCAGUCAAUUCUGGGCCAGUGCUGCGAGAUGCCCAUCGGGUACGUCACGCUGCCGGUGGGGAUCGCGGGGCCUUUGUCAUUGGACGGGAGGACGUACUACUUGCCCAUGGCAACCACCGAGGGGUGCUUGGUUGCGAGCACCAACAGGGGGUGUAAGGCGAUCGCGGUCUCUGGCGGGGCCGAGAGCGUGGUGUUACGGGAUGGGAUGACGAGGGCACCCGUUGUGAGGUUUGGGAGUGCCAAGAGGGCAGCCCAACUCAAGUUCUUCUUGGAAGAUUCAUCCAACUCUGACACGCUCACCGUCGUCUUCAAUAGGUCGAGCAGGUUCGCUAGGUUUCAAGGAAUUCAAUGUGCUCUGGCAGGGAAGAAUGUGUACAUGAGGUUCUCUUGCAGCACAGGAGAUGCCAUGGGAAUGAACAUGGUGUCAAAGGGGGUGCAGAACGUUUUAGAUUACUUGCAAGAUGACUUCCCCGACAUGGAAGUUAUUAGCAUUUCUGGCAAUUUCUGCUCCGAUAAGAAGCCGGCUGCUGUGAACUGGAUUGAGGGACGGGGAAAAUCAGUGGUUUGUGAGGCCAUCAUCAAGGAAGAGGUGGUAAUGAAGGUCCUCAAGACCUCUGUGCCUGCACUGGUGGAGCUCAAUACUCUCAAAAACCUUGCUGGGUCUGCUGUGGCUGGUGCUCUUGGUGGUUUUAAUGCUCAUGCCAGCAAUAUUGUGUCUGCAAUUUUCAUUGCUACUGGCCAAGAUCCUGCUCAGAAUGUGGAAAGCUCCCACUGCAUUACCAUGAUGGAAGCUGUCAAUGAAGGAAAAGAUCUUCACAUCUCUGUAACUAUGCCAUCAAUUGAGGUGGGUACAGUUGGAGGGGGGACUCAGCUGGCUGCUCAGGCUGCCUGUUUGGACCUUCUAGGAGUGAAGGGUGCUAACUUGGAAUCCCCUGGAGCAAACUCCAGGCUUCUUGCCACCAUCAUAGCUGGCGCUGUUCUUGCUGGGGAGCUCUCUCUCAUGUCAGCUCUUGCUGCUGGCCAGCUUGUCAAAAGCCACAUGAAGUAUAACAGAUCAAGCAGAGACAUCUCCCAGGUGGCUGCUGCUGCUGUUGCUGCUGCUGCUGGAACAAAGAACCAUUAAAAAAAAAUGUGAUGAACCUGAAAUAAAUUUCUCAAUGCUAUGGAUGGUUGAGUUCGGGAGUGAAGACUAGAGCCUGCUGCAUCUUUAGACAUCAGAUGGUUUUAGGCUUUGAGCCUAAACUAAGUGUGUUGCUUUACAUCUCUUAGUGUUGUGUCCAUCUGUUGUAUGUUCUCUGCCCUAACUUUGGCCUUGUUAGAUUCUUGUAAGCAGCCUUAGGUUUCUCCCAGCGACCUCUAUUAAGUAUUAACCAGCAGAGCCACCUGAAUAUUUUUUUCAUACUGCUCUCCGUGUGAUGAACAAAUUUGUGUUUUGAUCUCAUGACUGGCUAUGCUGAGUUCCUCUUUGAAUGUAUUUGUGAUUUUGUGGUACUUGAACUGAAUUAGAGUAUCUCCGUCUGAACAAUCAAUGUAAUAAGUUAUUUGGUUGAUCCCUUUGACAUUCA